AUGCCUAUGGUCUCCCUGGCUAGCUUUCCUGGAUCCGGUAAUACUUGGACAAGACAUCUGCUUGAACAACUCACAGGCAUACAGACUGGAACUAUAUUCGAGGGCGUGGUUGCAGAUACAUUCUCGGGGGAGAGCAUUUGUCCAACCAACAACAGUGUGUUCUUGGUUAAAACCCAUAAAAUCGGGGCCAUAGCGGGAAGGGUUAGGAAAUUCUGUCCAACGCAUCAGACUCUGCAAUUUGAAAAGGCGGUUUAUAUAUUACGGAACCCAUUCAACGCUUUCUUUUCUACGUACAACUUGGUGCGGGUGGGGAAGACGGGAUCAGUCAGUAUGGACUCCAUUAAGAACGACGCACAUUUUGAGAAUUUCGCGACAAGUCGGGCAAGAUCCUGGAGUGAUCACGUGAUGUAUUGGCUCAAGGAUUUCAAAGAACCGGUGCACGUGCUCGUGUAUGAACGAUUGAAGACGGAUGUACUUUGGGAAAUGUUCAAGCUGUAUGAGUUUCUUGACGUUCCGGUGACGUUACGUUCAUUGUGGUUGAAGGGUGAAGAGUGA